GGCUCUGUUCAAGUGUGGGAGGUCAGGAGCAGCCAGUUCCUCCUGGGAAUGCAACCCAUCUCCGAAAAGGAUUAAGCAUCACUAGGGCUCCAAGUGAGUUCUGAUCAGAGGCUGUUCGGAAGACAGCAGGGGCCAUGACCACCCUCUCUCCUGAAAACAGCCUCUCUGCCAGACAGUCAGCCUCCUUCAUCCUGUAAUGUCCUCAAGAUAGAUUUCCGAAGUCAGGCUGUGCGCUUUGAUUCAUAUUGCAAAGUCCAGAACAUAUUAUUUAAAAUCACACUUAAAAGCCGAAGCCUUCUAACAUAAGGCGGAACUGGUUGCUGCUUUUGCCAGGUGAAGAGAAAACCACCCAUUGACAAGACAGAAUGGGACAGCUUCUUUGAUGAGAAUGGCCACUUGGCCAAAUCACGGGACUUCAUUUGUGUUAACAUCCUGGAAAGGGGUCUGCACCCCUUCGUGAGGACUGAAGCCUGGAAAUUCCUCACGGGCUACUUCUCAUGGCAGAGUUCCCAGGAUGAGCGGCUCACGGUGGACAGCAUGAGGAGGAAGAACUACAAGGCCUUAUGCCAAAUGUAUGAGAAGAUUCAGCCCCUUCUGGAAAACCUGCACCGGGACUUCACAGAGACUCGCAAUAACAUUGCACGUGACAUUCAGAAAAUCUAUGACAAAGACCCCCUGGGCAACGUCCUCAUCGACAAGAAGAGGCUAGAGAAGAUCCUGCUCCUGAGUUACGUCUGCAACACGCAGGCAGAGUACCAGCAGGGCUUCCAUGAGAUGAUGAUGCUCUUCCAGCUGAUGGUGGAGCACGACCACGAGACCUUCUGGCUUUUCCAGUUCUUCCUGCAGAAAACGGAACACAGCUGUGUCAUCAACAUUGGCGUGGCCAAGAACCUAGACAUGCUCAGCACCCUGAUCACUUUCCUGGACCCCGUGUUUGCUGAGCACCUAAAAGGGAAGGGUGCAGGGGCUGUGCAGUCCCUCUUCCCCUGGUUCUGCUUCUGCUUCCAGCGUGCCUUCAAGUCCUUCGAUGAUGUCUGGAGGCUCUGGGAGGUUCUGCUGACGGGGAAGCCCUGCAGGAACUUCCAGGUGCUGGUGGCCUACAGCAUGCUGCAGAUGGUGCGGGAGCAGGUGCUGCAGGAAAGCAUGGGCGGGGAUGACAUCCUCCUGGCCUGCAACAACCUCAUCGACCUUGAUGCUGAUGAGCUGAUCUCUGCCGCCUGCAUGGUUUAUGCUGAGCUCAUCCAGAAGGAUCCCAUGGCAGGUGCAUUCAACUUCAGAGACACAGACUGUGCCACGUUCUCUACCACUGACCCAUGCAUGUUGCUCCUCAUGGUCUUCUUGCUGUUUGCACAUGUAGCUCCUUCCUCCCUGAGCAGGCUGUGCUACUUGAGAGCACGGCCCUCAUCCCCCAUUCCCUGUGUCCAUCCCAGUGGGUCUGGGCACCCAGAGGCUCAGGAGAAUGUCGCUGCUUAGAAGAACCGAAGAAUGAAAGCGACAGACCAAUGUCUGUGUACCUCCCACCUGCCUCCUCCCUAGGUUCCUCAGACAUUAAAGGAUUUCUUCCUCUGAGGACACCAAAGCCCACAGUGGACUGAUGCCUUCGAUGGGCAGGAUGAAGGUCAGGGGCACUGGAGUGAGGGAGUAGAUAAAACAGCUGCAAUAUAAACAGUCCUCUGGAAUAA